AUGCUGCUGCUCACUUCACUGCUGGCCGUAGCUGUGGCCGCGGCCAAUGUCAACGCGCAAUCAGCCACUCCUAUCUAUGUUGAUCCUUUAGUUCCUACCGGUACGCCGUUGGUGGGGAACUACACGGGCCCUCUACGGCCACAGAUUCACUUCAGUCCGCCCGUCAAUUUCAUGAAUGACCCCAAUGGCAUGUUCGUUGAUGCCGAGGGGGUCUAUCACUUGUACUAUCAGUACAAUCCACUUGAGGCUGUUGCUGGCAACCAACACUGGGGUCAUGCGACAAGCCGUGAUCUCUAUCACUGGGUAAAUCAACCCAUUGCCCUCUUCCCUGGUAAUACGAGUGAAGGCAUUUUCUCCGGAUCCUCAGUGGUCGACGUCAACAACACCUCAGGUCUGUUUCCUGAUCAGGACAAUGGUGUGGUCGCCAUCUACACACUCAACACGCCCAAUGAUCAGAGUCAGAAUCUUGCCAUCUCCUAUGACAGUGGUUAUACUUUUGAGAAGUAUGAAGACAAUCCAGUCCUAACCAUUGGAUCGACUCAAUUUCGUGACCCCAAAGUCAUCUGGUAUGCACCAACCCAAAGGUGGGUCAUGGUCAUAGCCUACUCCCAAGAAUUUGCCGUGGGAAUCUUUACAUCCGAAAAUCUCCUCAAUUGGACAGAAGCAUCCAACUUCUCCUAUCACGGCCUCCUCGGCUUGCAGUGGGAAUGCCCCAACAUGGUAGAGAUGCCUAUGGAGAAUUCGACGGAAACGAUGUGGGUGAUGCUGAUUUCCAUCAACCCAGGCGCACCCCUCGGCGGCAGUAUCACACAAUAUGCACCCGGCUCGUUUAACGGCACACAUUUCACCCCCGUUGACAGCGUAGCCCGCAUCGCUGAUUUUGGCAAAGACAACUACGCUGGCCAAUUCUUCUAUGGCAUCCCAGGCGACCAACCCCAGAUUUCCAUAGCCUGGGCCAGCAACUGGCAAUACACGCAAGCCGUACCUUCGGGGCCUCUUGAAGGCUGGCGUUCCGCCAUGUCUCUACCGAGAAUCAACUAUCUUACCAAUGCCACACGAGUCGGCUACCGCCUGGUCAGCCUACCGUACGACCUCUCACCCGUCAUCUCCUCCGAACCUCUCCAAAGCAACGACAACCUCGGCAACGGCACGGUGCUUGUUGACUUCACUGAUCUUGAAUCCAAGGUGAUUUACUUCGAACUCAACAUCACCAACAUUCCCGCCGUCAACGCCAGCGGAACUGCCAACUUUACUUUCUUGUCCUCCAUCACCGGCGAAUCCUUGUCCGGCGGCCAAUACCUCUUCGGCGACACCCCCUUCUGGCUCGACCGCGGCCAGCUCCGCGGAUUCGACAGCGACCCCUUCUUCACCGACAAAUUCUCCACCAACGUCCUCUACGACCCCGAGACAUCCGCCUUCACCAUGUCCGGCGUGCUCGAUCGCAGCCUCUUUGAGGUCUUCCUCCAGGGUGGAGAGCAAUCCGCGACGAUUACGCUGUACCCCGAACAGCCGCUCGAUAUCAUGGUGUUGCGGACGGCCGGAUUGAACGAGGGUGUGGGGGUCAGUGCUGCGGUUUGGGGUCUGGACAGCGCGUGGGCGGACUAUACGGACGAGAAUGGCACGGUGGUGGGGAAUGUGACGACGGGGGCGGGGAGUAGCAAUGGUUCAAGUCAGAGGAUGAAGAGGGAGACAGUGUUGGGGAGGAGUAAACGGUUGUACUGA